ACAACCAAACACCUCAUAGCAUAAAAAUACUCUAGCAUUCCUUUAAAUCAUGGUAUUGCUUAUAAACUACAAAAAUACUUCACUCUCGAACAUGCCCUUACAUGUUUCUAUGAUACAAAAAUGCAUAUGCGUGGGAACUAACGAGUUAGACUGUCUUCAGGAGCUUACUCGUCUCUAUAUUCAAACUUCACUCUGCAAACGGUAUAGUAUACAAUACAAAACAAUGUUUUAGGUGACCAUAUAGGUGAACUGUUGGAAACGGUCUUAGACAUUGAAAUCUCGAUUCUUAUAGCAAGAAUCUUGGUUCGAAUGCAAGGACAAGAGACACCCGAUCCCUUCUCGUCCUCCGCGGCUUCAUGAUUGUCGUCUACUUCCGCUGCCUCAACCAACACCAAGGAUUGGCGCGACAUCUACAUAGUCUCCUCUUGAUAUGCACAAUAAAUUUAUGAGCUCCUCUUAGUCCGCAUAACAACCAUAUGAACUCAUUCUUUACCUCUCCGGCACAAUGAUCUGAUUACAACCGUGUACAAACUUGAAUUGGAUCACCAACAAACUCUCUGACUGAUCGUCGUACUCUUGAUCAUCACCAAACUGUCUAGAACAUGUCGACCACCGAGAGUAACAAGCACAAACUUUUCACUUGAUCUAAUCAAGGCUAGUGAGAACAGUAGGUGCACACUAACUAUUCUCAACACGCUAAUGAAAUCGCUAAUCGAGUGAUUAUCAACUCUAAAAUCCUUCAUUAGACAAAGGCUCUUCCUCACACACAAAUGAGUUUCUUCAACGGUUAGAAUGGGCAAGAGAGCUUAGAGAAUGUAAGAGUUGACUGUAUAUUUGUAACCUCUAACCGGUCAAAUAGCGGUUACAUUACUAUAGAAAAAAGUUAUGGCCCCUCAAACGUUGGAUAACUAAGAGUCGAACCAUUCUUCUCGGUUUGAUAAGACAUAAAAGUUAUUAUGUCCCUUUUUGUGUGGCGUUAGAGUAUACUAUAUAUAGCGCAUGAUCAAGAGUACCAGAUUAGGACUCAAUGGUUUGUCGCCAUGUUCACAGGAUUUGACGCUCCUGUAGGAAAAACCCUAGUGAUCAUAGUUGCAUUAGAUGGUUUGACAACACUCGUUCGACCAAUCCGAUUCGUUGGAGCUCUUUAGUGUGAGACUCAUUCGUAAUAGUUUGACGAUAUGUUUAUAGGAUAUAUUUAUAGGAUUCGACUAUCAUGCUCUCUCUGUCAUUCCACGUGUAUGAAUCUGACUCUUAGGGUCCGCCUGUUCAAAACCUAUCAAAAACUUUCAAAUUCUACAUAUUUUAAUGGGUUUGCUUAAAAUAACUUCGGUGUACUAUAGCAUCAUGCUAAACAUUCAUAAAAUUACAUUGUUCUGUGUGCGCGCGUGAAGAAUGGCCGUUGUGCCCUCGUUCGCUGACAGAAGAGAGAGAAUCGUGCAGGAGGGCCACGUCCGCGCCACAUGAACCCGAGAAAUUUGCCAUUAUGAAACACGGAGGGUUUGGCUUCGACGAAAUGGAGGUCUAGGAGAGGGUUUCUCCCUUAUGAAACAGCUGGGCAUAGCCAACCCUCUAAAAUGGACAUGACUACACCAUUUACAGGUUUAGGUCAGUAUUAUUCUCGUUGACACCGGGUUCCGUCCCCCUGCGCCGUCGCCGUGAGCCCGUGGAGAUGUCGAGCCCGUGAGUUGUCCUCCAUUGCCGUCGCGUCCUUCAAUCCUCUUCCUCCUCCAUUAGCCGGGCGCAGCAGCCUCCCACGAAGAGCCGCCGAUUGAAGAGAUUGAAGGGCGCCGGUGACGCCUGUCUGACCGAGCUACGACCCCUGCAGCCGACUCCGUUUAGGGGCCGAAUGAAGGUCUCCGCUUCUUCCCCACACGCCUGUCCGACACUUGGAUCGAGCAUUGUGGAUUUAGAGCUGUUCAAUGAUGCAAACAUAGGCAUAUCUGAAAAUCCAGGUCCCGUGAUGUCUUCACCACCGCCUUGUUCAAGUUCCUUACCGUUAGUUGCAUUUGGUGCAAAUAAAGUCAAUGAGGAAAAUGAAAAGGUACAAGACAAAUCGAGGUUAGAUUGGGAAUCUAUGGUACUAUGUGAUUUAUGGGAGGAGGAAGGGAGACGUGAUGUUGCAAGUGAGAUGGAGAUGUAUUGUAAUCUAGGACUCAAUGAGGGGGAAACGACAAAGGAAAAUGCAAGAGAUGCAGCCGUCAAUGAGGAGGGAAAGUCACAGGAAAAUACAAGUAAUUUGGAUCAAUCGGAGCCUAUGCAAGAGAAGGCAUUAAAAGAGUUGUUUGGCAGUUGGGAGGAGAGCUUCAAGCUACUAUUCUCUUGGCGGGAGGCAGUACUAGCUAUAGAACCUGAUAGCAUUGUAGAGAUUGAUGUGGUUGUAGAGGAUGGGAAAUACUAUUUCAACCGUUUUUUUUGUGCCCUAGGGCCGUGCAUAUCAGGUUUUAGGGAUGGUUGUAGACCAUACUUGAGUGUUGACUCGACUGCACUCAACGGAAGGUGGAAUGGACAGCUUGCUUCAGCAACCGGUGUUGACGGGCAUAAUUGGAUGUAUCCUUUAGCAUUUGGGUUUUUCCAAUCUGAGACAGUUGAUAGUUGGAUUUGGUUCAUGUCACAAUUGAAGAAGGCUGUUGGCGAACUUGAAGCACUGGCUAUCUGUUCGGACGCUCAAAAAGGGUUAAUGCAUGCAGUGACACAUUGUUUCCCUCAUGCUGAGAAGAGAGAGUGCUUCCGACAUCUCAUGGGCAAUUAUGUGAAAAGCUACUCAGGUUCUGAACAUAUGUAUCCAGCUGCAAGGGCAUACAGGAAAGAAGUGUUUGAGCACCAUGUAAGCCAAGUAAGAAGUGUUCCAAAGAUAGCUGAAUAUUUGGAUCUACAUCACAAAUUCCUUUGGUACAGGAGUGGUUUCGACCCAGCUAUUAAAUGUGAUUACAUAACAAACAACAUGGCUGAGGUUUUUAACAACUGGGUUAAGGAUCACAAGGACCUUCCAGUUUGUGACUUAGCUGAUAAGAUUAGGGAGAUGACUAUGGAGUUGUUUCAUAGAAGGAGAAGUAUAGGUGAAAGACUGCAGGGUUUGAUAUUGCCUUCUGUUUUGGAUACAUUGAAAUCUCAAACUAGAGGGUUGGGUCAUUUGUCAAUUGUCAAAAGCGACAAUUACUUGGCAGAAGUGAGAGAUAGUACAAAUUGUUUGACAAAACAUGUAGUGAAAGCAGAGUCGAGACAAUGUUCUUGUGAAGAGUGGCAACACACAGGAAAACCUUGUCAGCAUGGAUUGGCAGUGAUUAUUGCCCAGGAUGUAAGGAAUGUUGGUUUGGAGUACUUUGUCGAUGAUUAUUAUUCUGUUGAAAAGUUUAGAAAAGCUUACAUGCGAAGGAUUCCACCCAUUGGUGACCGUUCUUUUUGGCCGAAAGUGGAUAUUGCAAAUGAAGUAUUUGCUCCAAUGGCGAAAAGAGGGGUUGGGCGACAAAGGAAAAACAGAAUAAAGAGUUGUCUAGAGGGUGGUACUGCUAAAAAACGGAAGGGCGUGGAAAAUGCUCAAUGCACAACUAAGAUAAAAAGACAGUACACUUGCCCAAACUGUGGUCAACUAGGUCAUCGGAAAACCAGUUAUAAGUGCCCUUUAAAUGGAACCAAGAAAAGGAAGAGGAAGCCAAGAAAGAAUACUACGAAGAAUUGGAUCCCGAAAGAGUUGCGGACUUCUACAUCUCAAACUAGUGCUCCUAACGAAGAAACAACUAUUGUACCUCAAACUGCUCAAACUGUGGAUGCAGAAACAGUUGAAAUAGACCAUGGUAGCCAUGAAAAUGUCAGUGCAGAUGCAGCACUAGUCUGUGUGCAAACUCCUCCUACUUCUCCGGCACGGAGUGUCAAGUGGCUUGUUAAGAAAAUAACUCCGAGGAAAAACUUGAAGCGUGCUUCGACAAGGGAGUAGAACUACAGAUGGUGUAUUGUGCUCCCAGAAUUCGGAAUGUGCCAAGCUGUGUAUGUGCCCAGGCUGUGUAUGUGCGCAGUUUGUGUACUGUGCCCAGACUAGAAGCUGUAAUGUGAACAGAAUGUGCCCAGUUUUUUAGCCAGUUUAUGUAUGUGCCCAGACUUGAAGCUGUGUACUGUGCGCAGUUUAUGUAUGUGAUCCCGAAAGAGUUGCGGACUUCUACAUCUCAAACUAGUGCUCCUAACGAAGAAACAACUAUUGUACCUCAAACUGCUCAAACUGUGGAUGCAGAAACAGUUGAAAUAGACCAUGGUAGCCAUGAAAAUGUCAGUGCAGAUGCAGCACUAGUCUGUGUGCAAACUCCUCCUACUUCUCCGGCACGGAGUGUCAAGUGGCUUGUUAAGAAAAUAACUCCGAGGAAAAACUUGAAGCGUGCUUCGACAAGGGAGUAGAACUACAGAUGGUGUAUUGUGCUCCCAGAAUUCGGAAUGUGCCAAGCUGUGUAUGUGCCCAGGCUGUGUAUGUGCGCAGUUUGUGUACUGUGCCCAGACUAGAAGCUGUAAUGUGAACAGAAUGUGCCCAGUUUUUUAGCCAGUUUAUGUAUGUGCCCAGACUUGAAGCUGUGUACUGUGUACUUGAAGCUGUGUACUGUGCCCAGACCAGAUUUUUCAUCUCUUGUGAUCCCAGAAUGUUUAUGUAUGUGCUCCCAGAAGCUGUUUAGAAAGCUGCAAUGUGCUCCCAGAA